AUGAAUUUUUAAGAGAGAUUUAAAGGUAAAACUUCAUAGAUUAGCAAAGAUUUAGUUGCAUCUAUUACUGAUACUAAUGAUAGAAUGAAAGUAGACUUUAAUAAUAUGCAACGUUGUGAUGUAUUUGAUAUUUCUCGUUCUUACACACCAAGCGUUAAAUCUGAAAUUGCAGUCCCUAUAAGGAAACCUUAGAGCCAGUUUAGCGUUACCGAUAAUGGAGUAUUUUCGAAGAAAUCUGUCAGCUAAAAAUUGAUAACACAUCGUGAUCAGCUAUAUACCCCUACCAAUGAGCGAUAAUAACAGUCAAUAUUCUCAGCAUUGCAGAAUAAUUUUGAUAAAUCUGAAACAGUAUCUGAUACCUUUUCUCCAAUAAAUGCUAGAAGGUAAAUAGUUGACAAGAAUAUGGAGAAAAGUAAAUUUUAAGAAUCACCUAACAUUUUUAAGGUCAAUAACUUUAAGCUUGGAGCAACUGAUAAUAAUCUGCAAAAUUCCCCAGCAAAGCUAGAUCAUUAAAGUUUUCAAUAGUCCAGUGCAUCAUAAAUUCUUUAGGCAAGACUGGCAAAAGAAAGAUCACAAAGUAACAAUUUUCAGAGAGUCGGAAGUUACUUAGCUAAAGGAUUAAAACAAUAAACUGAACCUUCAAACACCUAGGAUAAUGGCAUAGAAAUUAUAAUUUUAAGAAAUAACGCUCCAUAAAUUACAGUCAAGUAAAUAGAUAAAGAAGAUGGAGAGAAAAUAAUAAGUAAACUAAAUUAAAUGGACUAAAAUAUCCUUAAAAAUAAAUUAAAUAAGAGUUCUAUGAACAAUUAACGUUAAAAAAACAUAGAAAAAAAUUUAAUUUCAACAAAUAAAAGUGUUAUGCAGUAGAUGUCAGAACAUGGAUAUGGCUUUAAUUAAGAUACCAGCAACGGCUUUUCUAACGAGAAUGAAUUAAAUUUGUAAAGAAUACCUUCAAACCUCAUGAUGGAGUAAUAAAAUUCAACAAAGUAAGAGGAAUAUUUCCCACUAGAUACUUUUGCUAGCGAGUUUUAAUCUGGUAAAUCGCCUAACCACAAUUCUAUGACUCCAAUGAACAGAAAAGCUUAAUCCCAUAUAAAUUUAAAUGAAAUUAAAAACUAUAAUCCUUAAGCUACGAAAGUAUCACUACAAUAAGAUUUGUAACAAUUUAUUAAUGGUUUAGGAAAAUCUAAAACAAGUGUCUCAAACUCUUCUCUUUAAAGCUUUUAAAAUAUUUAUAAUAAUAAAAAUGAAAAAAAUUAUAACAUUUAAUAACUAUUAAUGAACAAUUAGUUAAGCUAAAUUAUCCCAAAUGAUGUUAUGUAAGAUUAAAUAUAUCAAAUUAAAAUGAAAAAAGAAGAAGAAGACUCUCUUUUCCAAUAUAAAAAUUCAUUCAAUUAUAGAUAAAAGAGCUAUAUCAAAUAAAAUACAGGAAAUGAUUCGCCAGUCUAUAAUGGGCAAGGAGGAGUAGACUCACCUUCUGUCUAAAAUAAAAGGUAGAUUGAAAACUAAUAAUAAUUAGAAGAAGAAUUUUAAAAUAGUGUGUAUUUUGGAUCAAAUCAACUUUACCAAAAUACAAAUCAAAGUAACAAUAACACUCCAAUUAACUAAUAAUCUUCUUUGCGUUAAAAAUCUUUCAGUUCACAAGCUUAUCCCUUAACUAUUUCAAGAGUUUUAACGAAUAUAAAAUGA